AUGGGCAACACAUCUUCCAUGCUCACUCAAUACGACAUCGAAGAAGUCCAGCAACACUGCAGCAACACCUUUUCGCAGCAAGAGAUAGUGUCGUUGUACCAGAGAUUUUGCCAGCUGGAUCGUAACGGUUGCGGUUUCGUCCCAGCCGAGGAGUUCCUUUCCGUUCCUGAAUUUGCCGUCAAUCCUCUCUCUCAGAGAUUGUUGAGAAUGGUAGAAGGAUUGAAUUUCAAGGAAUUUGUGGCAUUCUUGUCUCCCUUCAGUCCUCGAGCUCCUUUGCAACACAAAAUUGAAUUUAUCUUCAAGGUCUAUGAUUCGGAUGGUAAUGGGAAAGUUACCUUCAACGAUAUGUUGGAUGUAUUGCAUGAUUUGACCGGACAGUUUGUAUCGGAACAACAGAGAGAGCAAGUGCUGACAUGUGUCCUUGAAGAAGCAGGCUACACAAAGGAUUCUUUAUUAGUUUUGUCAGACUUUGUAAAGAUUGUUGGAAAUUCUGAUUUGAAGAUGGAAGUUGAAGUUCCAGUGGACUAA